AUGGCUUUUGAAUGGUCGCCGGUGCCGGCGUUACGAAGUGUCUAUGUUUCGCAUCUGAGUCGUUCCGCCACUGCCAACGACAACGACAGCAAAUAUUCAGUUGAGGCAAGGCAGGCUGUCGUAGCAAUGGCGGGUGGCGGGUUACGGGUUGGAAGGGUGGCAAGAAACACAUGGUCCCCAAGAACCGCAAGCAACGAUAUGAAAAGCAAGAUGAUCACCAGGUUGAAUGCGUUGGGCCGUCAUCGUUCUUUUUUCUCUUUCCUCGUCCGAGGAGGAACGAGGAGACACGAGCCUCGAGGACAGAGGAAAGAGGAAGGUGGAGUGCCAUCGUAUGUACCGCCCAGCGAUAGAACCGAGUCGAUUGGAGCCCCGCCUGGAUCCAAUCCAAGCUCCAGGAUCAGGGCCAACUUCCGUCCACUGCGAGAGAUUACCAGGAAGGGAAACAAGCAGGCAUCGCAAUCGCAAUGUAUCUCCAACGAAACUGAGACCGCCGUGAAGCCCCUUCACCUGUGCAUGAAGGGAAGAGAAGAAGUCGGAGAGCGUGAAGCCCAUUGUCCAUACCAGGACAUGACAAUUUUCUCAGCUGCAUCGUGGUUGAAAAAUGUGACGCUCGGAAUGAAGACUGCACCGAAGAUCGAAUGCUGGAAUUCGACAACCUUGGGCAAUAAAACUGGGCACGAGACCGCGCUCCCAGCAAGUGAUGAGGACUUGAAGAGUGAAUACAAGGAUCCAUUCACAGCCUGUUCGUGCACUGGCAACAGUUUAUUUUCUCUUAUGAACGACGAGCGCCUCGGCGUAGGCAACCGAGGUACCAUAGAAUAUCUUCAUCUUCGUUGCCUCGCUCCCCGUUUCUGCGAAGUAGACCAAGUCAGGGAGACUGGCAAUCGAAUCAUAUUCACACCAACAUCCUACAUGCAACACGAAGCCCGCAAUCCAACUAUCCAAAAGUCCAAAAUCAGUACGACAACUUCUGUCAGAAUAAGUGAGAUGCCUGCUCACUGGGGUGGCAGACGGACUGAACCCAACUCUGAACUCAUCGCAACUGCCAGCGGCUUGUGUGGCGGCGUGAUCAUGAGCGCUUGCACCCGUCAUCAAAAUGACAUCAUCAAACCGUCCGCAAGUUCGGAGCAGUUCCAAUCAACGGCUCCCGAUGGGAGUCUAGACUUGGGCGCUUAUUGUGCGGGGGGCUCGUGCGACACCCGUGACGGAGAAGUCUGGAGGCGAAGAGACUCGGACGUAUGA